CGCAGGACCCUGCGGUUUGGCCAGUACCGCGAGUAAAUUCAAACUUAACUUCGAGACUGUCCCCUGGGAGGGCCAGAGCGCACAGCCAGCAGCGGCCCUAGAGGAUCUGCGCAAAUGCUGGUGCCAGGGAAGAUGCUCUGGCCAGCGUACUCGGGAAGCGGAACCGUGACAGCCAGUUCUUGCUGCUUCUCCAUAGAGCAGCUCGCAGCUUUGUGGUCCAGGGGCCCAAGCUCUGACUGACCUGCCGCUGCUGCGCUGCCGGAGUCAAGUGCACCUCCUCCCCCGCUGCUGUGCACCUAUCACAGUCCCUAAGCGCAAUGCCGCGCGCUCCUCCCCCUUGCAAAUGCCAGUCCAGCUUGCGGCUGCCCUGGCCUGGACAGAGGUUGCCGGCCGCCCGCGUCCCCUGCCCUGUCCCUUCUCAGCUCCGGCAGGACGACGUUAUUCCCGAGAGACAAAAAUCAUCAUUUUUGGUAGACAAACCAAGUCCAAAAGGUUGUCUCAGAAGGUAGGGUUGAACCUCACUCACUGGCUGUUCUUCAAAAGGAAUUCAUUUCCUCUUGGCUUCUGCCCUGUGGCUUAGCCCCAGAGGGGUCCAGAGAGGACCUGAGUUCUUACUGAGCGAAGAUGGCCUACGUGAAGAUGAGGCUAGUUUACGCUUUCAUUCUCAUGAUGGGUGCGCUCUGCUUGUACUUCAGCAUGGAGUCUUUCAGAGAACUCCCGUUUGUUUUCAAGAAAAGUCAUGGGAAGUUCCUUCAGCUUCCAGAUAUAGACUGCAAGCAGAAGCCGCCUUUCCUCGUGCUGCUGGUGACAUCAUCCCACAAGCAGCUGGCCGCACGAAUGGCCAUCCGAAAGACGUGGGGUAGAGAGACAUCGGUGCAGGGCCAACAGGUGAGGACCUUCUUCCUUCUGGGGGCCUCUGACAGCACCGAGGACAUGGACGCCACAACUCUGGAGAGCGAGCAGCACCGCGACAUCAUCCAGAAGGAUUUCAAGGAUGCCUAUUUCAACUUGACUCUGAAGACCAUGAUGGGUAUGGAAUGGGUCUACCACUUUUGUCCUCAGACAGCUUAUGUGAUGAAAACAGACUCAGACAUGUUUGUGAACGUCGGAUAUCUGACCGAACUGCUGCUAAAGAAAAACAAAACGACUAGGUUCUUCACAGGCUACAUAAAGCCCCAUGACUUUCCCAUCAGGCAGAAAUUCAACAAGUGGUUUGUGAGUAAGUUCGAAUAUCCCUGGGACAGGUACCCACCUUUUUGCUCCGGUACUGGUUAUGUCUUUUCCAGUGAUGUGGCCAUCCAAGUAUACAACGUUUCAGAGAGUGUUCCAUUCAUCAAGCUGGAGGAUGUGUUUGUUGGGCUCUGCCUGGCCAAGCUGAAGAUAAGGCCGGAGGAGCUUCACACCAAACAAACCUUCUUCCCUGGUGGUUUACGAUUCUCUGUGUGCCGCUUUCAGAAAAUUGUGGCGUGCCAUUUUAUGAAGCCCCAGGACCUGCUUACUUACUGGCAGGCACUGGAGAGCUCUAAAGGACAGGACUGUCCUGCUGUCUGAGGGGAGCCUGGUGGCGCCUAGAGCAAACUUCUGAUAACCUUUGGUGAUGAUUUGGGAAGGUCUGGGAUGGUCUUGCCGGGAACUGCCUAGGGUAGAGAGGAUGAAGAUGUUCUCAAUGUCACAUGGGAAAGGAUAUGUCCAAAAGCUGAGGACUGACUUGUUCCUACUCAGCACCCUGAGCAAUAACAGAUCCCGUUUUUUUCAGGCCUCUGUGAGAUGCCCUCGAUGUUUGAGAAAUGCCCUUCAUCCACUCAUUUCAGGACUCAGCUUACAUAUGAAGAAGCCCUGGAUAUAGUCAUACCUAUUUUGUUGGUUAAGAACCAGCAGCCAAGGCCACUUGUUCAAAGACUCACAGCCUUUAGACAGAGUGGGAAUGAGAAUCAAGUGGUAUGAGGAUUCAGUUGGUGCUUGGUCCCUAACUGGGUGUCCCAUGCCUUGGGAGACAUGGUGGUGGGAGAAAUUGUGUGUGGGGGGGGAGGAUUACAGCUAAGUAGCAUCCUUCAGUCCUUUUCUGGAGUCUUCUGCCCUUCACUUCCCAAUCCCUUGUACUUUUUGAAUGUUAAGACUGGGAUGAACCAGCUUUCUCAGGCCUUGCCCCUUGCUUGAAUGAUGUAGCUGGGCACUGAGUUAAUACAGAUUAACCACUUGAUACCCAAAGUGUGCAGUAUGAUUUUAGGAGACAGGCAUGCCUGCAGCCUCUGUAGCUCACUUCCAUGCUAGAAGGAAGCUGGUUUACAGGACCAUAGAAGUCAGGCUGAGAAGCCACUGUUGAGUCUUGUUGUAUAGACUGACCACUGCUAACACCCCAGUGAGGGAGAUGUCUCCACUGAGCCAACUCUGCUUUGGAUGUAUUAUUAGUGAACAUUUGCAGCCCUGGCGCACUUCAGACUUCUAAGUUCAUACUCAAGGACAGCCAGGUAGAGACAUGGUCUGUAUGGGUAUCCAUAUGUAUGGGAGCUUUCCUGGGUCCUGGGCUGGGUCUAAGCUCCUGAGAUACAGAACCUGGAGAUAGGCCCGGUCUAGGGGCUCUUCCUACAUCUGUGGUCCUUUCUGACCUCCCAGAGUUUAUCAUGUAGUCAUAGACAUGCUGACUGUGGCCUUUUGGGAUUUAACUUUCUAUUCCCAGCUGGGUGUCCCUACCUGUGAAGGUUUUCAGAGCUGGGUAAAGACAGGGGGCUUUUGGCCAUUCAGCCACAGUCACCAGACAUGUAAUCUUACUCUGUGUUACAGUAAAUGUUGGAAUAUGUUCUCACUUGAACUCAGGAAAACUUAACAGUUGGAACACCUUUAGGUUGGAGGAAGCUGGGAACUGCCUCCAGGGCCUCAUUUCUACACUUGUUCCUGUCUCUUCUAUGAAUCUCUUCCACAACUCUUGGGGAAAAUUCUGUCUGUGACAUUCUUCAAAAUCAUGCAGCACCAAGUUCUGGACCCUUAUUGAGCAUAUCUGAAAUUCUGACCCAGGUAAUUCCUGGGUGUGUACUAUGGACUACAUACACUGUCAAAACCAAACCCUAUCACAUCUUCUUUGACAGAUGGGGGAGCUGGAGCUUGUAACCAUGUGGUGGUGUUGCUAUCUAGAGUGUGAGAGAGCUGGCAUCAUCACCUAGCACCAGCCGUCAUGUACCAGACCUUCCUUUUACUCAUUCAUUAGCCUUAUUACUCUUUGCAUCCACACAUCAUGAACAAGGUCAAGGUUAGGUCUGCAGAGAGCAGACUGGAGCAAGCCUUCAAUGAAGGCUGUGCCCACACUUGCUAUUGCAUUGAAGAUGCCAGCACCCUUCACGAGGGGCCAUUCUUACAACCAGAUUGGUUGUCGGCAGAGGCAGCUGAGGUGACUCAGUGACUCACCAAGCAGCUGAGACAUGGCACAGACACAGCUCUUGGCCUUCUCCACUGGUGUACCACCAACAUCUUUUCCCACGUGCUUGCUUCUCUCAGAAGCUUGGCACUCUGCCAACAUGCUGCCGCCUCUGUCCUGGGUGUUGUCUUUAGUGUGGGGCUACUUCUUCUUUGUUCUGCUUGACUUUCUAUGACUUGGCCCUGGGGCUAUCCAUGGAGUUCUCAUAAACCUCCCAUUCAGACUAGCCUUAUCAUAAGGUCAUGUGUGGCCAAGUCUGGCAUAUUGAGUUCAGCCCUUGAGACCCAUGUGGUAGAAUUGAUCUUUACAAGCCCGUGGUGGCACAUAUGUGCCUGCACACAUGUUCAUGCAAAACUAUAUAGUAAGUAACAUGUAAACAAAAUAAUUUUUGCAAAGACUCCUUCAAACACUGACCUCUGAAGCUUUUUGCUUAUUUUUAUUUCUGUGUUGUUCUCCAUGAUGCAGAUCCCUGUGUUUAAACACUCACACAGGUGUAGUAGGAAAAAAAAUCCCUCUCAGGAUCAUUUGCAAAAUGCUUUAGUUUGGUUGGGAAUUCAAUAGAAAAAUUUGUUGGGGGCUUGCCCCAGUUCUGUCUAAUUUCCCACUUGCUAAUUUAACUCCCAGGAUAAGACCCUCAGAACCGACCUUAGAUUGUUCCUGGAUGUGAAGGGUGAAACCAUCCCAGCUCAGAGUCAAGAAGGGCUGUGUAAGUCUGACAGGAGUGAGUUAAAAUGAAGCAUAAUAACAAUAGCAAAAGCUUUUAAGUUUAUUAAAAGUAGCAUUUUCUAACUACCAGGUAUAACACUUUUAAAUACAAAUAGAAAAUGGAUUUUGUGGCCAAAUGUCAUAUACCUGCUUUUUCUGUGGCAUUGUUUUGUGGGUUUUGGUGCUGGGGAUGGAGCCCUAAGGCUUAUCAGGGCUUCCCUACUGUGCCUCUCCAGACCCUGUUGAGUUGCUUCUCACCAUGCAUUUUACUACCUCCUGCAGGGGUCUUGGGGAUCAGAGCCUGGUGCCUCCAGCUAAUUGUUAACUCUGGGAGAGAGUUUUAAUGAGAAAUUAUUUCUUCAUUAUUAAUCGAUGUAGGAAGACUCAGUCCAUUGUGGGCAACACUAUUCCCUAGGCAGGGUAUACUAAACACUAUGAGAGGAGAAAGCCAGCCAGGGGCAAGCAAGAAUCCAUGUUUACCUCUCUGUCUGUGGGACUGUGGUGCACCCAUCUGCUUCAUUUUCCUGCCUUGACUUCCCUGCAAUAACAUACCGCAACCUGGACUUGUGAGCCAAAUAAACCCUCUCUUCCCCAAGUUGAUUUUGUCAGGGUAACAGAAGUGAAGCUAAAACAGAUGCUCUGGGUGAUACCCGUGGGAUCCUUCUCACAUUACCCUGACCUGGAUGUCACUCAGUACCACCCACCUCUCUGUCCACACAGUGGGGAGCCCAGAAGCUGGGUACCUUCUGCUUCAGGGAAAUAUCAGAGGAGGAGAGCUGACUCAUUUCACAUAAAACAUGCCUCCCAUGACUGCAAACAACUCAUAUGCAGCUGCAGACACUGUGGUCAAAUUUGACUUCCUAAAGGAUUAAAAAUUAAAUGUCUAUGUCACUGAAUGGAGUUUGGAAUUGUCAUUUGCCUGUAUGUGGUAGAGGUUCUACAGGCUCUGAUACUGUGUUUUGGGAGUGGGUAUAUGUAUUUAUGAUUUGUUAAUGAUAUUUAUCUUUAAUAAAAAUUAAAUUGUAAGCAGCA